CAGAGGCUCUCUUUCUCUCUCUCUCUCUGUCUCAAUUAUUAAGUCUUUAGACAACAAAACAUGACCCAUGUCUUUUGUUUUCUAGCAUUUGGAAGGAGUAUCUAUCUCCAUCUUUCUGUUUGUUUUUCAUCUUCUUCUUCCACACUUCACAUACCAAAGCCAAAAACAACAAAAACACCGCAUAAUUCUUUCUUCUUUUGUAUCUAGUUUCCUAAACAUUUUUAGCAGUAGAUCCAUCACAAGAAUGAGUUGAUGGCAUCCGGAGUUCAUGUUAUGGAGAAACCGAUUCAACUUCAACAACAACAUCAUCACCAACAACAGCAACAGCAACAGCAACAGCAACAUCAACUGCAACAACAACAACAACAACAUCAACCACAUGAAGCGUUGAAGUGCCCACGAUGUGAUUCAUCGAACACAAAGUUUUGCUACUACAACAACUACAGUUUGUCGCAGCCAAGACAUUUCUGUAAAGCUUGUAAGAGGUACUGGACCAGGGGUGGUACCUUGAGGAAUGUCCCUGUGGGUGGUGGUUGCAGGAAGAACAAAAGAGUCAAGAGACCAAUCACGACUACUGUUCAUGCUGCAGCUAACACGAACACGAACCCUAAUCAUAAUCAUAAUCCUAACCCUAGACCUAACCCUAAUCUUGAUCAUAAUCAUCUCCAAUCUUCCACCACCUCAAAUAGUAACAGCAAUCAUCAUCUCAACCCAUUGUUUUAUGGGUUAUUACCUCAAAACCCCAAUUACCCAAGAUCUGAUGCUAGGGUUUCUAGCGUAAACGAAAACCUUGUUUCUGGUUAUGAUCUUCCUCAUCAACCUCAUAUGAAUGUACAAGGAUUAGGGUUUUCGUCUAUGGGACAAGGAGGUUCACUUGUGGCUAACCAUGGUCAUAAUUCAAAUUUAACUUUUUCAAACUACAACUCCUCCAUGUAUGGUGGUGGUUCGACUACUAGCUCCACUAGUGCUCCUACAAUGGCUUCUCUCUUAGCUUCAAGCCUUAACCACCAGCAACAAAGAUUCAUGGGGUUUGCAAAUUAUGAUGGUGGUUCGAUGGUUAAAGAUCUGAAAAUGGAAGAAGCAAGAAACAGGAUGGAAUGGAAUAACAACAAUUUUCAUGUACAUAAUAAGCAUGAUCAAAUCGAAGCAGCUGUUUCUUCUGAUCCGAAUUCUCUUCUAUGGGAUACCGAUGGUGGAGGUUGGCAGCUUGAUCCUUCAACCAACAUUGGUUCAUCGGUUCCUUCCUUGAUCUAAUUCGAAAUCCCCAUCAUUUUUUUCCAUUAGUUUAGGCAAAAUUCAUGUCAAAGCAUCGAUGGGAGGGGAUUGGAUCGGAGUGAUCAUGUCAGCUAGCAAAGUAAAUUUCAGCCUUUUAGAUUUUACACCAAAAGGUUGGAAAUUAAAUAAAAGAUCAGUUUUGCGCUGAGAGGAACCUCGGAUCCUCUUCAUCUCAUCGACCCAAGUUUGAUCAUCAACAAUUUAUGCAAGAAUCUGCAAUACCAAGAAUUUGGGUUCAAUACUCCUGGUGUGUUCUUCUAUCUUUUCUUGUGUAUAUAAUUAAGUAAUAUGCUCUAUAUAAAUUAGGGUUUGUGGUGGGUUUUUCAAGGAGUGGAUAUUUUUGUUUUUUCUUUAUGGAUUAAAAGGGAAAGAACGAGGGUAUAUUGGUAUAGAAGAGAGGGGGAUAUGUUUAACGUUCAAUCUUUCAGUGUAAUGUGUUUGAAUUUGAUCUUGUUCAUCGUAUUAUAAUUAAUAUCUAAAUUUUAAACUCCCUA